GGGUGUGUGAGGUUGGAGGAGGGGCGUUUCUGGGUCAGGCUGUUCCGUGGGGAGGGGAUUAUCUGGUUCCUCCCAUCUGACCCGGCUGGGUUAGUGAUGCUUCGGUCAGCUAAAACCAACGCAGCCGGGAAAUAGUUCCUCCGGCGACCAAGAGAGAGAAAAGAGAGGGGAGGCCCCGAAGGAGGAAGCUGGGGAAAUGAGGGAAUCCUGCCGGAUUUGCGGUCGGGAACUUUGUGGCAACCAAAGGCGCUGGAUCUUCCACACCGCAGCGAAGCUGAACUUGCAGGUUUUGCUCUCGCAUGUCCUGGGCAAGGAGAUUUCCCGGGAUGGCAAAAACGAGUUUAUCUGCAGCAAGUGCGCCUUUAUGUUGGAGCGCAUAUAUCGCUUUGAUACCGUUAUUGCCCGCAUCGAAGCGCUGUCAAUUGAGCGGUUGCAGAAGCUGAUGCUAGAAAAGGACCGCCUCAAGCUGUGUAUCGCCGGAAUAUACAGGAAGAACAAUGACGAGCCCACCGACGAGACGGCGGACGCGUCUAGCCUGCCGGAUCUCCGCUACUCGGCUCUCCUCCAGGAAGACUUCGCGUAUUCAGGGUUUGAAUGCUGGACAGAGCCGGAGGAGCGCGUUGGGGACCCACAAGCGUGCCACGCGGCAGAAAGCCGUCCUAGGCGGUGUCGGGGUUGCGCUGUGCUGCGCGUUGCGGAUGCUGACUAUGAGGCAAUUUGCAAAAUCCCCCGGAAGGUGGCAAGAAAUCUCUCCUGUGGAUCAUCCAGGUGUUCUGCCAACGUUUGUAGUGAAGAAUUACCUAUAUGUGAGCCAGUGAUUGCUGACUUGCUAAGCGUCAAGGCGAAUUUGGAUGAAGAAAGCGUGGAAGGGGAAACUCCCGAAUCGUCUCUUGAGUCGUUGGACGCAACCGCGAUAGCCGGUGCAUCACAUCCGAAAGAUGAGGAAACGGUAACGGACGCAAAGAGGAGCACGGCGUGUAACUGUAUAAGUGACUGUGGAGCCCACAGCUUGUCACUUCAGGGCAACAGGUUAGAGGUAGCCCUUAGUUUGGUGAAAGCUUUUGACUGCAAGCCAGUCCAGAGUCCCAGGGGGAGCAAGUUGCCUGUUCCUGUAAAAUCAAGUUCUCAUUGCCAGGACUUCGAUAAAAGCUCUUCUUCUGGCUUCCCGAAUGUGGUGCUGAAAUCUCAACCUGGUUUUGCUUUAGCUUUUCCCUUGGAGAUGUCUGAUCUUCAGGAAUUGUGGGAAGACUUGUGUAUGGAUUAUGUUCCACUUCGAACUAAGAAUAUGUGUGAUGUUAAUCAGCAGCUAACUUACUGUAAAAUGUCAUUCAGUGAAGAGGAAACUCUGUUAAAUAAUACAGAACUUAUGGAAAAAAGCUGUUCAAAUGCUAUGAAUAAGCAGCUGCAAGAGAAAUUGAAUGAAAUGAAUUUUGAACUGAAAUCUGUCCAGCACACAUCCAAGAAACAGAAUCACAUAAUCCAGAAGUUGAAUGAGACGUUGAAGAGCAAAGAAAAUGAGUGUGAAGAACUGAAUCAUGUGAUUCAAAAUCAGACUGAGAGAAUAGCCAAACUACAAGACAUGCUACAUAAGAGCCAGCUUGGGCAAUUACAGAACUCAGAGGGCUGUUCUUCACUGCAACAGAAACAACAAAUAGCGUUUCUUGAUGUACAGAAUGCCCUUUUCCUCACUCAGUUGGAAGUGCAACAACUGAAGUGGGCCCAGCAACAAAAGGAUCGCCAGUUGGUUGAGGCCAAAAGGACCAGCCAGUUUCUAGAGACAGCGUUGCAAGAAGAACAGCUACAAAAAGAAGCAGCUUGGAGACACAAUAAGGAAUUCUGUGCUACACUUCAGCAGUUAAAAACAGAUUUACAGAACAAGAAUGUGCAAUGUUGUACUUUAGAAAAGGAAAAAUUGUUGGAGAUGCAUAGACAAGACCAGAAAAUUAAGCAUUUGACACACAGUCUAGCUUGCAAGGAACAGCUUCUACAGGAAUCUAAGGACCUCUUACAGUAUCAACAGAAUUUGGACAAAAAUUCUACAACAGCUGAUAAAAUGGUACAGAAAUUGCAACAACUAAUUAAAGAUAAAGAUGCUGCCUUGGAGCAAGCAGUAGAUGAGAAGUUCUCUGCACUUGAAGACAGAGAACAGGAACUGAACCAGCUUUGUUUGUCCAUGGAAGAGCAAGAUCAUGAUUUGAAAGGACUACGUCAAGUUAUUUCUGGCAACAAGGCUACCAUCCAGUGCCUAGAGAGCUUGCUGAAAGCCAAGGACCUGGAACUAGAGAAGCUAUUAGCAGCCAACCAGAAUUUGCAAUGGCUGAUCAAGAAUAUAGAAGCAAAAUCUCACAGGUGGCAAUCUGAACAAGAAGGAAUUAUCCAGCAGCUGCAUGACAGAAGCAAAGAAGUAGAGACCCUUUCAGCAACACUGCUGUGCAAUCUGGAGCCUGGACAGAGGGAUGCUGUGGAAGCCCUGCACCUCCACCUUCAGCAGAAGGAUCAGAUCAUAAAAGAACUCCUAAGGGACAAGAGCCGGCAAGUUGUAGAACAAGUGACUGAGCUCGAGGACUUACUUCAAGCUCUGAACACUAGAGAACAGCAAAGCCAUAUACAUUCCAAGAAAAUUGCACAGGCACUAAUAGAGAGAAAUUGUGAGCUGCAAGUCCUGCAUCAGCAACUGAUUAGCCAAAUUCUUCAACAGAAAACGGAGACUUCUACUGCUCAGUUUGUACCACAGGAGGACUCUAUUGAAGCACCAAGGCAAGAAGGUUCUAGCAAGAGUAUCCCAGCCAUGAUUUCUAACAAGGAUGACAAUAGAUCCAAGUGGGAUAAAGAUGCUUUGCAAACGUCUGCUAAACUCGAGAGGGAACUUACUAAAGCAAGAGAGGAGCUUGAAUUGUUGACGCAAAAAGAAAGAGAAAGUAGACUGGAACUCUCUGCUCUUCAGUCUGUGGUGGCUUCCCAAGAGGAGGAGCUGCAAGUUCAAGCCUCUGAUAUUGAAUCUCUUACUAGAAGCAUCCAGAUCAAAGAAGAACUAAUUAAGGACUUGCAGAUGCAAUUGAUAGACCCUGAAGAAAUGCCAGCAAUUGAACGACUUACUCAAGAAGUUUUGAUGCUUCAGGAAAAGGUAGCAAAAAUGGAACCACAAGGACAGGAACCCAUAGGAAACAAGAGGCAGCAGCUGCUGGUAAUGUUGGAGGGCUUGGUAGCAGAGAAGAAUCAGCUGAAUGAAACCCUGAAAGUAGAAAAGCAGCUCUAUUGCACUUUGGUGAAGUUUCAUGCUCACUCUGACAGCUCCAGACAAGAACAGACUCUUCAAGUAGAACUGGAGAAGGUCCAGGCACUCCGUGGACAGCUGGAAGAGGCCCUUGGAAGAAGCCAGGAGUGCCUGAGCAGGCUGGAAUCAUUGGAUAGCAAAGGAGACCUAACUGUAGCUGAGGAUGCUGAAGAUGCCAGCACUGAGUUUACAGAUAGCAUUGAAGAGGAAAUACAGCAUGGCACUCACCUACAGAACCUUAAGGGAAAUAUUGAUGACAAUCUGAUGGGCCAUUCCAGUUAUUCUGCUCUACCAACUUUGAAGAGUGAAAGCAACCAGCAGGUGAUGCUGCAUUCUCCAAAAUCUAUGGUUCAGCAUGUUAUGGAACAGAAAAAGAAACUGGAAGAAGAGCUACAGGAGCUCAAGGAACAGAUUGAGGAAGCUGGGUUCUCUUCCAUAUCUCAGCUAAGGAAGGCCCUGCUAAGCCUUUGUCUAGAGAAUGCAGAGCUCAAGGAACAAGUUGGAGAAGCAAAGUUGUCAGAGGUUUGGGAGAAGGAGGAUGAAAAGGAAGAUGAAGAGGACUUGAGGCAGGAUAUCAAGAAACUGCAAGAGAAACUGGACACUUCAGAGAUUGUGAUUGGCCUCCUCAAAGAACAAUUGACUCUAAGGAACCAAGGAUGCAGAGGCACCUUCAUUCACCAGAUGACAGCGAGCACGGCUCUGGCAAAUGAGCAGCAGCAGAUGGCCAAGCAGUGCACUUGCCAAGCUGUCCAUGGUCAUUCACCAUCACUGCACUGCCCACCCAAUCAAACUAUGGGCAGCCCAGAAGAAACCCAGGUUGAAGGAGGCAGAGUAUCAAGCAGGUUUGGGCAGAAGAACACAGAGUCAGCCGAGAGGUUCCAGUCCAAGCAACCCCAAAGCAGGCAACAGUGUCACAAAUUACGAGACAGACUUUUGGUGUCAGAGGCCACCAUCCAGGCACAGAUAGCCCAGCUCAAACAAUACAAAGCUCUGCUCAGUGAGCCCAUGGUACAACAGGAUAACAAGCAGAUACAAGUGGAUAUUCAAGACCUGGGCUAUGAGACCUGUGGGAGAAGUGAAAACGAGGCUGACAGGGAAGAGGCCACAAGUCCCGAAUGCAGAGAUCAUGAUGAGGAACUAAAGUAUUGGAAGAAGCCACUGGAGGCCCCUCUAAACAGACUAGCAAAACACGAGGCAUUCCUGGGUGUCAGCCAAUGUGACGAUGCUGCAGUUCUUCGCCAGCAUGUUUGGGCCCUCCAAAUGCAAUUACAGAGUUCCCACAAAGUUAUCCAGAAUCUACAAAGUUGUGUGCGCUCUGUAUCCACGACCAGUGAUUAUGGCUCUGUGGGCGAACAGCCACUCAAACUGAAGCAAGGCUACACUCUGGGCAACUCUCCUUCCCACAGUAUGACUGAUGAAGAUGAAGGCUGGCAAUCUGACAGCUUUGGAACUUUCUGCCCAUCAAGUCUCCAGCCCAACAAAGAUUUGGCCAGGCUUAUCCAGAGAGUAUCCCUGCUUGAAGCUCAUCUGAGUGAGACUAAGCCAAAGUUGCUUUUGCCAGAGGAAUUGAAAUGUACAGUCUCCUUGGGGAAAUAUGACUCGUUAGUCCAAGCUCAGGCUCGGGAGCUCUCCCAUCUGCGCCAAAUGAUGCGGGAGGGACAAGGGGUGUGUCAUAUGCUAAACCAACAUUUCAAGGACACCAUCAAGUCCUUUGAAGAGCUUCUGCGUGACACUGACAUUGACUACUACUUGGGGCAGAGCUUCCGUGAGCAGCUCGCAGAAGGGAACCAGCUGGCAGGCCGAUUGGCCAGAAAACUAAACCAUAGGAAUGAUCUAAACAUGGAGGACAAAGCAAGUCAUGAAUUGCUUGUGAUGAGGAUGAGCAAGGAGCUCCAAGAAAAGGAGCAAACCAUCAAGACCCUCCAAGCAAAACUGCAAGAACGCUCAGUGACCCCUUCCAGUAGCCACACUAUAUCCGAGUCACCCCGCUCUGACAGCAGCAUCUCCUUCCUCUCUGAUGGCCCAGAGGUCUGCUCUGAUGUGGAUGAUCUUACUGAAAAUAAAAUAAGUGAAGGCCAAGUCCACAACCUCCUAAACAAAGAGCUUAACAGUCGAUCUUGCAAAACUCCUGCCCAGCCAACUUGCCCAACUGCUGCAGCUACAUCCCAGGCUGCUCCAGCAGAAUGCCUCUCAAGAAGGUGUUCCCUGCAUCCCUUGCAGAUUACCAGCCAGGCUUCAAGAGGCUUUCAUGGUGAUUCCUUGUCUAAGCCAACAGGUUUGCCUUUGGCUCCACUGGACUCAGAACCGUCCUCCUGCCUGCCUUUGGGACCCACUUCUUCAGGCCCAAGGCCUCUGCUUGGCUGCUGCAGAACACCGGCCUUCUCCCUGGCUGAGGCACAGCAGGAGUUGCAGAUGCUGCAGAAGCAGCUUGGAGAAAGUGGCCCAAGUAUCUCCUCCAAAGGCAGCCCUCAGGCUUUCCACCAUGUUCCCCACUUGUUUCAUAUGCAAAAUUCUGCUGAUUGGAAGACCAAAUCUAAGGAACAACGGGAGGAGAGAUGCAGCCCUUGGUGUACCCAUCCACUCAGACAGCCUCGAGAAGGACUUACCUCCGCAUCAUGUUGUUCACCAGCCGUUCCUUUCCAGAAACUCUUGGGUGCUGAUUUUCUAGAGGAACACAUGUUUGAGAUUCGAACUCUCUGCCAGCACCUAGAGAAGUCCAUCUACACCAAUGAUCAUUUGCGGGAGCAACUGGAAAUACACCUCACCUCAAUGGCAAAGAAUAAUGACUUGGAGCACCUGCAGAAGGCUUUGCUUGCCUCGCAUUCAAAACUCCACGACAGCCAGGUGCAGUUGGAACGGCAGCGGACUGAGCAGCAGCGACUACAGGAAGAGAUCCAGGGCAAGCAGCAAGACCUUGUGCUGCUUCAAAAAGAGUUCCUGGCUUUACAGAUGAACAAUUCCAGGCUUCAACACAGAGUGAUGAUGCUUCAGCAGCAGUCUGAAGAAAACAAAGUGCUCUUCCAGACCCAGCAGGCUGAAUUACGUGUCUAUGAAGCACAGUAUGGCCCACUGCAGAAGGCAGCCUCUGGGACACAUAAGCUGCUGCUGGCAGAACGAGGAAUCCAUGUCACAGGAUACCUUCAGGACUACAAUACUCUUAAGAAACAGAUUUUGGAUGGCAAGACUCUGAUCCACCAGAUGGCAUCACUCCUGCAGCCUGGUCUGAAACUACAGGACAACACGAUUUUCUGCCAAGAAAACAUCAGGAAAUUACUUGUCCAUACUACUUCUUUGCACCAGAUCCUGGAGAAGUCCACUUCCCUCCUUGCAAUGUUUUGGAGAUCAUCGCCUCCCAUGCCUUGCGUUUCAGCUCCAGUAAGGCAACCUGCAAAGGAGCAGUCAGUAGCUGAAGAAAUCCAAAUACUCAAAGCCAAGUUGGCUGAGCAAGAGAAUCGUGUGCAGAGCGCUAACCAUAUUAAAGGAAGCAUGGAGAACUUCAUUCUCACUCACUUGACUGGGACAUACCAUGUGCUGAAGAAAGCAAGGAUUAACCUGGAGGGGAUGUCCCAGCAGCCUAAAUCCAUUUCUUCCAUUGGCUAUUGAAGAAAUGAAUCCAUCCACAUGGCCAGAAACAAAAGAUGAAGAAAAUAGAUCCAACUUUAACUCCUAAUUCAUCUAAGCUAAGCAAGAGAAUGAGGCUGCUUAAACUGCCAAAUCACCUUUGGCCAGGAGGACAUGGAUUCCAGAAUUCAUCCCAGAACCUCACCACCAUCUUGGCUACCAGCUCUGGCUAGCAUAGCGUAAAACUCCUAUGUAGUCAGUGGCAUGGCACACAGGUUUUUCAACCAUCUCCUCAUAUGCUCUGCUGCUGGACUCCAGCAGGAAAUUUAUUUGGAAAUGCUCCCGACAUCAGUGCAAUAUGAUAAUAAGACUAACGCUAUGUAUAUGGAGUGUACAAAUACACAGACUAGACCACAGUGGCACAUGCUGCUGUCAGAGAGAAGGGUGCUCUAAGAAUAGCACCCUCAGAGAGUGGCCUCCAAAGGUGCCCUAGUCUUACCAUUUGAUUCUUUGGCGUACGGUGCAGAAGUCUUUUUAUGCUGUUAGGUUAGGGAAUGGAUACAUCAUGUAUUAUUAUUAUGAUUGUUAUUAUUAUUAAGACUGUUGCUUUGUACUGUUGCUUCAAAGGAUUAGGACCUUGAUAUAUUCUUGGCAAGUGUAAUCUUGUUGGUCUGACAAUAAGGUGCAUUUAGCCCCUGAGUCAUCUUUUUUCUCUGAUUAUCUGAAUUCCCACUAGUUAAAAAAAAAAGAAAAGCAAGCUGGAGUUUGCAGAUGUUGGAAAUUGGCAUCCAUUUUUCUUAUUCUCAAUAUAAAGAGGCCUGCACUGCCUCCUAAAUAAGCCUUUGCUGGCUUCAGAAAAUCACACCGUUUCAUAUGAUUGCAAACCACUUCCAUUCUCUUCAGAAUCAAGUGCCAUUUCAAGAGCCAUUUCAGGUGAGUUUUAGGCCUGAAUUGGCUUGGAGGCCUUGAAAGAUAACCUAUUCUAAGAGGGGGAAACCCUGUGGGAAGAGCUUUUAAAACCAUCAAGCAUAGUGUCCUUCUUCUAAGCUGUUUAAAUUAAGAACCGGGGACAUUUUUUGACAGUAGCUCUAUUUGGAUGAACAAUAAGAGGAGAAAGUCUGCAGAACUACAAUUCACUCCUCAUAUAUAUGUUAUGGACUUGAUCCCAUACGUUUGCUCAACAAUAAACCUGAGACAUGACCUAAA